CAGUUGCUGUCCGGAGUUUAGCGAGGUAGCAGCAAGGCUGUGCUGUGCCAGCAGCGGCUACAAAGAUGCACUCAGCUCGGGCUGUGUUCAGCACAGAGGUCCAUGGCAGCUAGUAGCCUACAUGUUUAAUUCAGAGGGUGAACGGUUGUCGCGGUACGACACGGACACGGACGCUAGCAGAAAUGGCCGGCAUUAUAAAAAAACAAAUUUUGAAACAUUUGUCAAGGUUCACCAAGAAUCUGUCCCCGGACAAGAUCAAUCUGAGCACACUGAAGGGGGAGGGGCAGCUGUCCAACCUCGAGCUCGAUGAGGAGGUUCUGCAGAACAUGCUCGACCUGCCGACAUGGCUGGCUGUCACCCGGGUCUACUGCAACAAAGCCGCCAUCAGGAUACAAUGGACAAAGUUGAAAACAAGCCCCAUCUGUCUGUUCUUGGAUAAGGUGGAGGUAGAAAUGCGGACAUGUGAGGAGCCACGUCCACCUAAUGGCCCCUCUCCUAUAGCGAUCACAGCAGGCCAGAGCGAGUACGGCUUUGCAGAGAAAGUGGUGGAGGGCAUGUCUGUCAGGAUCAACUCCAUCACCAUCAAGGUGCAUUCUCGUGCCUUCCACGCCUCCUUCGAGCUCUGGCAGCUACAAGGCAACAGCCUCAACCCCAAAUGGCAGCGCAGUGACCUCCGCUACACCCGCGUCACCGACCCAAAGAGAGGAGAGGUGUUGACAUUCAAAGAAAUAAACUGGCAGAGUCUACGAAUAGAGGCGGAUGCCAUAGAGAGUGACGACCAGGACCUCGGUAGCACCCCGUUACGUCUCAUCACCAACCAGGGUCGCAUUCGCAUCGCUCUAAAACGCAGAAUAAAGGACUGUAAUGUGCUGGCAUCCAAGCUGCUUUUCAUUCUGGACGACCUGCUGUGGGUGCUGACUGACUCUCAGCUCAAAGCCAUCAUCCAUUACGCCAAAUCUCUCAGCGAGGCCAUGGAGAAGUCUGCCCAGCAGAGGAAGAGCAGGGCUGCUGAAUCCCUACAGACUGCUCCUCCAUCACCUGGCCUCCACAGCCUCUGGAAUGAGCCCCCUCCCGCUCCUACCGGCACCCCCAGCAACAUGAGUCAAUACUUUGAUCUCUAUGAUGUCAAAGAGUCUUCGUACCACACCUUCAUAUCCCGCUUGGAUUUACACGUAUGCAACGACAGUUCUUCAAUGGAUGAAGAUGACCCUCCACCACCGGGCUUACAAGGUGCCAUGCAGCUGACAUUCAGGAAGCUGGGUUUCGACUACUACCCUGUCCACAGACCUGCUGAUGGGUGUCGACACUGGGAACGCCACAGCGGAGCCAUGGAGGCUCAGGCCCAGUGGGCUUGGAAACUGCUGCAGGAGUACCAGAGGAGACCAGAGACUUCUGGGUUCCCUGGGCCACAGACUGAGGCGGCCCAGCCAACCAAGGACUCCUCUCCAAAGACAGCACGAGACGGACAGUCCAGUCCCAAGUCGAGCCCCGCUGACACAGAGCAGCCGCCCCGCAGGAACUCUGUCCCAGCUCCUUCAAGGUCGUCUCUGAAGAGGCUGCGAUCCAGCUGUGUGGUGGUCAGGAUGGAUGAUGUGGACAUUCACCAGGUGUCUACAAGAGGACGUCAAAACAAGAAGACGCGGUCUUUAAUAUCCUGCAACCGUAAAGCUCUGAAUUUGCCAGACAACGUACCGGCAGUUCAUCUUGAAUUCACUGAGUACUACUUUCCUGACAACCCCACUUUCACAGUGCCCACCUCAAACCUGUAUGGCCAGCUGAAUGGCCUCCAGCUCUGUGUAGACCCACCCAGCGUGCUGUGGAUCAAUCUGUUCUCCAGGGGUCUGCUGCACACCCUGGACCAGGUCAAAGCUUUCUACCAUUUGCAAGACAGCAGCAGGGCCGAAGAGCACGUAGACAUUCGCGUAGAUGCAUCACAGCUUAAGUUAAUAAUCCCCUUGGAUUCUUCCAUAUUGGAUCAUCCGGAGCGCCCACAGUCCCUCUCUGUUACUGUACCCCAGAUGGUUCUCAGCAACACCCGCCUCUGCCCUCAUGGCUCCAGAGCUGACCUCAAAAGCACCAUUGACAAGUUCUCUAGCUGCCCUUUUUUCCAGCCCACACCUCCCUGCUGCCCCUACCCCAGAGACCAGAGUGCCUUCCACCCCAUCCCAUCAGCCUUCCUCCAGCACUCUAAAGAGACAGUGCUCCAACCUCUGGACAAAAAGCAGCUACGAUCGCAGGACGUCUGGUCUCUCAGUCUGUCCCGUGUGACAUUAGGUUUUGACGGAGCACGGCGAUUCCCCAAAGGCAGAACUCAACCUUUUAUUGAGCCCUUCGCCAUGUCUGUGUGGAUGUGUCAGCCCGCUGCCUUUAAAAAUGGAUCAUCGUCGUCCCCCUCCAGUCCCAGCACAGCCCAGCAGCCUUCCUCAGAGCAGGAAGAGGCUCCGCAUGCCUCUUUCCACGUCUUAGCCAACACCAUCACUCCGGUGAAGAUGUGGCUCAACCACUACCAGUAUGUUGCCCUGCUGAGGAUGAAGGACGCCAUGGCUCGAUUAGGGGCAGAGUUGGGUCGGGAUCUACGAGACGUUAAACAGGCUCACGGCCAGAAGACAAAACCUACUACAGCUUGUGUUGCCCUCCUGGUGGACUCUACAGAAUUGGGUCUUUUGUUGCCGCCGGUGUCCACAGAGCCCGAUGAAGAAGUCCCCCACACUCCAGAGACUGAUAGCCCUAGCAUGACUGACUCUGACAUCUCCCCCACUCAUCACUCUGCAGUGCUGGAGGACAGCGGGUUAGAAAAUGGCAUCUCCUCCAUCAACACCGCCACUGCGUUUGACCAGGAUGAACAGGACGAGGUGGUGGAGGAGGCAUGUGAGGCUGUGGAGGAGGGCUUGGACGGGGACGGUUUGACAACACAGGAGGACACCCCUGUCCUCUCACCUCCACUCUCACCUGGACACUCCCCUGUCCUCUCCCGCGAACCGUCCAACUUCAGCCUGGAGGGUGAGCUGUCAAGCGCCAUCAACGUCACCAAGGAUGUGACCAAAGAUGCCAUUAGUGCCUCGCUGGACUUGACCAAAGGGGCGUUUUCAAUAACAAAGGAUGCCUUUAGCAUACUGAGUCGUGGCUCAGGGAUGAGCAAAUUGUUCAGUCCGCAGGCAAAGGAACAGGUCCAGCGUACAGAAGAGUCCUCCCCCUCCCUGGCUGCCAGCCUGCGCCACCAAUCCAUGAAGCAGUCGCCUUCCCAGCAUUCCUUUGAUAGUGCUAUCUUGGAUGGCAGCCUGCCUGACGAGAAUCUCUCUGUGGAUAGUGAUGUCAGCGACAAUUUUGUUGUUCUCAUGGACUCAGAGUCAGGUGUGGAGUCCAUGCGUCCCAACAACACUCCUGUGGGCAGUCGAGGCAGCCCAGCCCCAGGGACAGAGGGAGGGUCAUCAGCUGAUCUCAGCAGCUCUCUGUCCCAAAGUAUUGAGGAUGUGUCUCAGGAUAUGUCCUCAGUUUUGUUGCUGGUCCUGAGUGGAACAGCCUGUACUAUGGAAGCAAAGGGAGAAGACCAAGUUGUUGCUGUAGAAACUCAGAGCGUGACCCCUGUGCAGUUGGGAACUGUUAGAGUAUCAGACCUGAUGGCCGGCCUCGUACAAGCCCCAGGCGGACAAAACCAGAAGCAGGACAGGCCGCGCAGCAGGGGCUCUCCAGCAGUGUGCAUGCGAGCAGAAAUGGGUCCGUGUGCAGCCCGACACUCUGCACUGGCUGAGUCUCUGGGAUUCCUGGAAAUUAGAGUGCAGGACUGCAAGGCGGAGCUGUUUGCCUCCACUGUGGCCAACAUUGGGCCUUUUCUGGAAGAUGAGUUCAGUGUGGAUGGUCAGCCAAUGAGGUUACGCAUGAGAAACAUCACCAUCACUCUGAAGGAUGAUGGCCCUAAAAUCUACCCUACAGCCCCUCAACCUGUCCCAGCCUCGUUCAUUGUAGACGCACUGCUCCUCGAGCGCAGUGAGGAUGGCCUCAUGAGGCUCAAAGCUGAAGGUACCGACCGUGAAGCCUCAGCAGGUGUUCCUGUGGCCGACCUGGACAACUUAAACAGUUCCUGCUCUGAUCAACAGCAGAGCGAGGGACAAACCCUGGAGUCCCAGCUCUCUGAUGCCCAGGCUGCUCUCACCCAGGCCCUCAGCGACAGAGAACGCCUCCUUCUGGAAGUCAGGAAGUAUGACCCCACGUUUACCCUGUGAGCCUCUCUGUCUUUCACCUCUGAACCUGCUGCAUUGCUGCUCCGGCUGAGGAUCAGUGAUGGGAUGUAUCGGGCUGAAUGUCAGGAACCAGCAAGACUCAGUAAAAGCAUGUCCAGACAUUGGACAUGUUUGAAAAGAAGACGGAUCCGAGCUGUGGCUCUGGAUCACUUCCUACUAGCGAUAUCACACUGUUCAUGAGAUUAUAAAAGAGCCCUAUAACAAGUACUAAAGGGGAACCUAGUGAACUAAUUUAUAGGUACAUUAAUGGUACUACUUUUUAUCUGGCAGUCUAGAUACUCCUCACUGCUCUACUUAACACAGAUUAUCCUAUUUAUCAUCCAACAGUGUGGACAGUAAACUCAUUGUGUGGUUUCAGUGUUUGUCACACAGCAUGCAAGUUUACAUUUCAUCAAGCUUUAAUUCUCUCCAGUAAAUUCUUGUGUUUCGGAAAUAUUAAGUUAAGCACAUGCCAAAACCUCCUCUUCACAUGCACUGACACUGCCAGACAGCUGCUAGUCCCAUCAGUCACUCCCUCUACGAAACACAACCUAAAGGGAAACGAGCGUAUGUUUCAACCUGGACCCAUUUUUUCCAUGUUUGUGUGUCUAAGCGGCUAAUGGAAACAGCAAUGUUGACACUGGUCAAGUAUUGAAAGAGAGCGCUGCAGCCGGCAGUGCGAAACAAGCUGCAAUCUAACAGGAAUUUAUGGACUGUUAAUUUAUGUCAGAUUAACAGUUAUGACAGGCUCAGAUUAUUAUUCAAAGUGUCUGACAACAUUAUGGAAAGGAUCCCUACAGAAACAGACCUUUUUGAUAAAGAGUAAGAUCCUUUUCCUUAACCAGGCACGAAGGGUGGGCGAUAUGGUCCUAACAUUAUAUCACAAUAUUUCAGGGAGUUUUUGCGAUAACGAUAUCCUUGACGAUAUGACAAAUUAGCAAAAAAAAAAAAGUAUUAUUAAUUUAAGAACAGAAUUGCAACAAAAUAAGUGAUUUAGUUUUACAGUUCGCCUUCAAAUAUUCAGUAAAAACUAAACAAAAACGAUCUCUCAUUUCUUUAGUUUGUGCACAACAACAGUAGCUCAGAGUGAGAUUCAGAUUCUGUAUACAAUAUUAAUAGUGCAACAAAAUAAAAUCAACCACAAAUUACACAUUCAAACAGCUGCCAAAUACAAAAAAUGUCCCCUGGGAUCUAUAUGUAUAAAUCAACAGGUUUUUUUUUUUUCCACCUGGACCUUUAUGCUCUGCCAUUUCUCCUCUAAUCAUCAUGCUGUAACUUGUGACAGGCUGUUAUGAUACCACAACUAUUGCACAUUCACAUAUAUGUAGUUUUUUUGUUGAGCUGUGAGCGUCACGUAGGUUUACAUUAGGAAGAGACGCUGUGCUGCUGCCAGAGGAGCCGCUGAAUGAGUUCCCUCUGAGCGGUAAGUUGCUAAAAGAGUCUGAGAAGUCCGGGGCUGUUCAUAAAACAUUAAGGACACCACAGUUUAUUCCACACUACUGAAGCUGCUCCUCUUUUUGGAGCCACCACGGAGUCAGUAGUAAUUUCUCUUUCAGUUGCCAUGGGUAACAGUUUGAUGUCAAUAUAUCAACAAGUCAAAAUGUUUCGAGUAUCACAAUAUGAAUUGCUCGUAUCAUAUUAAAAAUUACACCAGUAUUAUCAUGAAUGAUAUGAUAUGACACUCUCUCACCAGACAGAGCCCCAAAAUACCUUUCGCCAAACAGACCACACUACAUUUUAAUAAACCAUAAUUUUAUCAUUGCAAAACACAUUUCAUUCAAAGUUAACAGACAUAAAACGAAAAACUCCCAAAAGCCAUCUUGGUUCAUCGUUCUACUUUUUAACAACCACAGAGUCUGGCCUAGUUGAAUUAAAGCCUUAAUUCACCCAGUUAGAUAUGAAAAUAUGCCGGCUCUAUACAGGCUAAAAUUACAGUUUCUUUAAAUGGAGUCUGGUGGGUUCAGUGAUGGUGAUUUCCGGGUUUUUUUCUGGUUAAAAGAAAAGGUCUUACUCUCUAACAAAAAGGUCUGUCUCUGUAGGGAUCCUUUCCAUAAUGCUGUCAGACACCUAAAAUUACAAUCUGAGCCUGUUAGUUGCAAAAACAAACACUUUUAGUGGAUGUAAACAGACGGUGCACAAAUGCCCCAAGUGUUUACAUUGCAGCCUGUUUCGCCUCUGCAGGCUGCAGCCCUCUCGCUCAAUACUGGAUUAGCCUCAAAAAUUGUUACUCUCAUUAGUCAUUUAGUCACAAAAACAUGACAAAAUAGAGGCUAGGUUGGAAAAAUACUGAAGUUACCCUUUAAUGUCAGGCAUGCUUUUUAAACAGUGCUAAUUCACAUGUAGCACAUUUUAAGGUAGACAGUCAUAAAGCUAAAUGGAGUUAGUAAUGUAGAUUACUUCUGUUAGGUGUGUGUUCCUUUUCAGUUUAAAGUAUUAUGACAAUAUUAUCAGCUGUUACUUGUGUUGUGAAAGGUAGGGAAAACAAUGCACUUUUUUUUUUUUUUAAGAAAAGCAAAACACUGCUUUCACCGAGAGACGGAUGCAUCUCUACUUCCACCUUGGUUGCUUUAUCAGCGGGGUGGAAUGGUUACACUCUUAUCAAGUUCUCACUGUUCUCAAAAAGCGGGUCAAAUCAUUCCCCAGUGUUAUUUUUCUUUGAGUUGUGAAACGUCGAUCAUUCUCCUUUUGUACUGUGAAACAAUGUGCUCUGUGGUCGGAUGUCCACUCACGACGACACGCCUUUCGACCUCUCCCUUUGGCUGUGGAGAGCAGGGUGCACAGUAGCUUCAGUAUUGUAACAGGGUUAGUUUUCUCACUUUAACUCUCUGGUUUAAAGAUUAAACCACCUACCACAGUUAUAAUACUUGAUCUCAGUAAAACUUGUUUUGUAGCUUGCCAGGAAACAACUCAGACUGCUUGUGUUAUUACCUCUGUGCACAUUUGUCAUGUGUAGAAUAAUGGUCACGAACAUAUAUGUGUAUAUUUAUUUAGAUCUGUGAACAUGUGUUUUUUUUAGACCACAGUGUACUGAAGCCAUAUCAAUCAACACAAAUUACAUUUAAAAAAAAACCUGUAGUACUGAUCACGUAUGCAGAGUGUACACAGUGUGGCAUGUAAAUGACCAGUUUCACUAUGAGCACUGAUAUAUUUCAGUGUGUGUAUCCUGCUCUGCUGCAGAUUUGAUCUGAAGCCAGUUGCCUGUUCAAAUUCCCUUCACUUUCUCCUCUCUAUGCAUAAAUCUGUGACAUGCAUAGAUAGAAACAAUGAUGGAUUUGUUCAUCAAAGACUGUUUAUCGGUACAACAUUCAUUUUAUGAAUGCUCUCAUGAGAAAGACCUCUCUGCUGGCUACAUCUUAGGUACAGAAGUUCUAUUGUUAAAGCACUGGUUUAUCAUUUUAGCCUGUGGAGGUAUGUUAUCUAUCUUCAUGGCUGCAAAGCUGUGUCAGCCACCUUUCACUCAUCAUUGUCCUGUUGUGUGCUGCAGAGCCCCCUGGUGGCUGGACUGGCCAGAGCACUCCUCAUUCAUUUAUUUUCUUUCUUACAUUUGGUUGCCUUGCAAGCUAUGAAUGACUUAUUUGCAUUCUUAAAGAGGAAUGUAAGAUAUUUAAGCAAUAGACAGACAGCUUAGGUUGAACCAAAAACACGACAAAGAACGGUACACUACACAUUUUGGAUGUGGAAUCUUUUUUUUGUCUUAUAAGACGACUAACGUCAAAGAAAAAUGUUUUACCUGUCCACCAGGUUAUAAUGUUUUCCCCUGAACUGCAUGUGUACUCCACACAUCCGUACUAUCAGUGUAAUAAAGCAGAGAAACUGCCCUUUAACCUCAGUAUAACUUAUAAUCGUGAUCUUCUCAGCUUUUGAUGUUUAUGUUUUUGCAUGGCCUUAGUAGACAAAGACACAGUGGUACGAAACUGAACGUCCCAUGCUGGAUGCAACAUGUAGCUGUUAAGUUUAUCCAGUUUCUCUCUCCUCUGUCAGGCCUCAAUGUUGAGUAGCAUCUCUAUUCUGCUGACAAACUGGUGCUCUGAGUUCCAUCUGCUCAUAACCAUGCAAACAGGAGACGGACGGAGAGUGAAGCGAGACUCACUGCGGCUCAGAUGUCUCUUUUCAUAAGACUGACCUGGCAAAGUGUUGACACUGAACGCAGAUGCAUGUACUGAAGUUGUGUUGCGUAGUUUAUGCCUUGUGGAUUACUUGCACUCGUGUGAUAAAUUCACUGGAAAUUGCACUUGUUUCGAUGUGAAUCACUUCAAAGGAUCGCAGAGGAGUCCUUGUGAAAUCUUCCUGAGUGAUGCAAAUGUUGGAGACCCUGUGGACAGUAUUUUUGUCAGUUGUGUAGAGUUACAUUGACUUUUGUAUUGUCUUUAUCACUUCAUUGAGACUAAUAUAUUUGGUUCUGUGAACCAAAGCUAGUAUGUGGAAAAUAUUUUAAAAGUGAAACAAUAAAUGAUUAAU